CUCCAUAAAUUUAGCUUUACCUGAAAAUCGAUCGAUUCUUCUGACACUGUGCAGUGUAAAACCACCUUCGGAGCCGAACGGAAGUGAAUCCAAUUCCAAAUGCUAAAGUUUCUAUCGAAAGUGAGGAUCGAAUUCAAUGCUUUGGACCCUCGCACAGCCUCGUGCUUGGAGUUUCUAGCGCAGUGCAAUGCCCGCAAGGCCAAGGAAUCCAACCCCGCUUGUCAGGUUCUUGUCAAGCGCCGUACCGAUGACGAGCCACCGAAGAUCGCCGUCACUUUCGUUAAUGGUGUCGAGGAGGUCUUUGAUGCCACUUCCACGCCAGCCCAGAACAUAAGGAACAUGAUUCUCGAAAAGGGUCAGCACCUCGAGACCGAGCAGAUGUUCCGCGAAGCAGGGGAGUCCUGGCCCGUUCUCAUCCCUGAGGAAGAGAUCAAGCAAUACGCCCCCGGCACCAAGCCAAGGAAAGCAGAAGAAAAGAAGCAAUAAUUGUAGUUUUGGGAUGAUGAGAAGGGACAAGUCUGGUAUUAGUCAAUGAGAUUGGAUUAUAUUAUAUUUCAUUCGGGUAGAGAAUAGAUGUUUUUUCAUGUAGUUUUGUCUACACUGCUGAAGCAGUCUUUUUCCCUUUUCAAGUUACACUGUUACAGACAAAAAUAAUACAGAUUGAAAGACAAAGGAGCUGAAUUUCUAUUUCUA